AUGUGGUUGCCUACAGAAGAGGAGAAAAUCGGAGUUGUUAUCUGCAACUUCCGGUCCCCAAUAUGUCAGGCCUUGGUGCUGGAGAUUGGGGAGACUGUACAGAUCCUGGAGAAAAGCGAAGGAUGGUACAGAGGCUUUUCGACCAAGAAGCCAUCUAUCAAGGGCAUCUUCCCAGUGAGCUACGUCCACCUUAAGAAAUCCACCGUGAUCAACAGAGGGCUGUGUGAGACUGUGGUGCCCCUGGAGGACCCCAUCAUCACAGAGACCACCUCCACACUGCAGGAGUGGGGAGUGCUCUGGAAACAGCUCUAUGUGAAACACAAAGUGGACCUGUUCCAUAAGCUCCGUCAUGUGAUGAAUGAGCUGAUGGACCUGCGCAGACAGCUGAUCCAGGGCCACCUCGCUCAGGACCAGACCAGAGAGAUCAAACGCCACAUCACUGUGCGCCUGGACUGGGGCAACGAACACCUCGGUUUAGACCUUGUUCCCAGAAAGGACUUUGAGAUGGUGGACCCAGAUCACAUCAGUGUUUCCGAGAUCUACAAGAUGCACGUCUCCAGCCGACACUGUGGCCAGCCGAGCACAAACCAGGGUGACAGCACAAAGCAGAGACACGGUGACAGUUGCCGCGUGCCGGUGUCUCAUCAUCUCUUCAUCAACCUGAAGAGCUUCACCUACAACAGCAUCAGUGAAGACGCAGACGUCUUCUUCUCUCUGUACGACACACGAGAUGCCAAACAGAUCAGUGAGAAGUUUAUGGUGAAGCUCAACAAAAACGGAGGACCAAAGAACCCAGAGAAAGUGGACCGACUGUGCGCUCUCUUCACGGACCUAAGCAGUAAAGACUUAAAGAGAGAGCUGUACAUUGUUGCCCACGUCAUCAGAACGGGCCGGAUGCUGCUGAACGACUCAAAAAAAGGGCCUCCGCACGUACAGUACAGACGGCCGUAUGGCUGCGCUGUUCUGGCCAUGAGCGACGUGUUCCACACCAUCACCGACCUCAAAGAGGAGAAAGACUUUGUCCUCAAGGUUUACACAUGCAACAAUGAAAACGAGUGGUACCAAGUUCACGAAAACAUCAUCCGGAAGUCCAACACCAAGUACUCUGCUCCCAGCACAAACUAUGGCCUGAUCAUCUCCCUGCAGCUGUUAAGGGGAGAGCUGGAGCAGAUUCGGCGAGAGAACCAGGCCGUCUUCAACCGGGCCCUGGCUCUAACGCGUAAACUCGGCUUCCCAGAUGUCAUCCUGCCAGGUGACACACGGAACGACCUGUACUUGACCCUGGAGCGAGGGGAGUUUGAGAGAGGAGGGAAGAGCGUCCAGAAGAACAUCGAAGUCACUCUCUAUGUCCUCUACGCCGACGGAGACACGCUCAAAGACUGCAUCAGUUUGGGCACCAGUGAGCCCAACACGUGUGAGUAUCGCUCCUUUGUCCUGUACCACAACAACAGCCCACGCUGGAGUGAGAUGGUCAAACUGCCCAUCCCCAUCGACCGCUUCAGAGGCUCCCACCUGCGCUUUGAGUUCAGGCACUGCUCCACUAAAGACAAAGGAGAGAAAAAACUGUUUGGUUUUGCGUUCACUCCACUGAUGAGGGAAGACGGCACCACACUGUCAGACGAGGUCCAUGAGCUGUAUGUGUAUAAGUGUGAUGAGAAUGCCACGUUCAGUAACCAGGGCCUGUACCUGAGCCUGCCCUGCUGUAAGGAGGACUUCAACAGCUGCGCUAACCUCCCAGCUAACCUGCCCUUCCAGAGGAGCCCCAAGGAAACUUUCUGGGUCUCCACCAUUCUCUGCUCCACAAAACUCACACAGAACGUGGACCUCCUCGCGCUCCUGAAUUGGAAAGCUCACCCCGACAGAGUCUUGGACAUCCUGGGACGACUGCGUCAGAUCAGCGGAGAGGAGAUCGUCAAAUUCCUUCGAGAUGUUCUGGACACACUUUUCUGUCUCCUGGACGAUAAUACUGACAAAUAUGGACCUUUGGUUUUCCAGUCACUGGUGUUCAUUAUUAACUUGCUCAGGGACAGCCGCUUCUACCACUUCAGACCUGUCAUGGACGCCUACAUCCAGAAUAAUUUUGCUGGAGCAUUAGCAUACAAAGAAUUGAUCCGAUGUCUGAAGUGGUACAUGGAUCGAUCGGCCGAGGUGGUGAGACAGGACCAUAUCCAAGAGGCCAUGAGGGCGCUGGAGUACCUGUUCAAGUUCAUUGUGCAGUCCCGGAUCCUGUACUCGAGGGCCACGUGUGGGAUGGAGGAAGAGCAGUUCAGGGCCAGCAUCCAGGAGCUCUUCCAGUCCAUCCGCUUUGUCCUCAGUCUGGACUCACGCAGCUCUGAGAAUCUGGUCUUCACACAGUGUAGAGGUGUGAGCAUCUGCAUGGCUCUCUGUGUUCUGUCUGCUGGGGUUUCAAACAUCCCAGCGGCUCUGCUCAACAGCUUUCCCGACAUCUUUGAUGAGCUCCUGCAGAUGUUCACGGUGCAGGAGGUGGCGGAGUACGUGAGGGGCACCCUGGGGAGCAUGCCCAGCACCGUGGACAUCGGACAGUCCAUGGACGUGGUCAAGCUGCAGUCCAUCGCCCGCACUGUGGAGAGCAGGCUUUUCUUCUUCCCAGAGUCCCGGAGUAUCUUGUUACCCGUCGUGCUGCAUCACAUCCAUCUCCACCUUCGCCAGCAGAGGGAGCUGCUCAUCUGUUCGGGCAUCUUGGGAAGCAUAUUUUCCAUCAUAAAGUCGAGCUCAAUGGAGUCCUCAGUGCAGGAGGAAGUGGAGAUGAUGGUGGAAAGCCUCCUGGACGUGCUCCUGCAGACACUUCUGUCCAUCAUGAGCAAGUCUCACUCAGUGGAGACAUCUAGAGGACAACGCUGCCCCCAGUGCACAGCCGAGAUAACUGGGGAGUAUGUGUCUUGUCUGCUGUCGCUGCUGCGGCUCAUGACAGAGCUCCACUUCCAUCAUCUGCUCAACAACUUCCACAGCAAAGAGGAGCUUAAGGAGUUUCUAUUGAAAAUCUUCUGCGUAUUUCGAAAUCUGAUGAAACUUACGAUCUUCCCUCGAGACUGGAGCGUGAUGAGGCUUCUAACCAGUCAUAUCAUUGUGGUGACAACACAGUUCCUGUCUCCAGCGCUGCACAAGAACUUCUCAGAGGCGGAUUUUGAUUUUAAGGUGUGGAACUCCUUCUUCAGUCUGACGGUGCUGUACAUAAACCAGCCCAGUCUACAGCUCGAGUCUCUGAGUCCAGCGAAAAGAAAGAAAGUCCUGGACAAAUACGGAGACAUGCGCGUGGUCAUGGCCUACGAGCUUUACAGCAUGUGGCAAAAAUUAGGUGACAAUAAGCCCCAUUUUAUCCCUGGAAUGAUGGGUCCCUUCCUCGGAGUCACUCUGGUCCCUCAAACAGAAGUCCGUAAUAUUAUGAUCCCAAUUUUCCACGACAUGAUGGACUGGGAGCAGAGAAAGAACGGGAACUUCAAGCAGGUGGAGGCCGAGCUGAUGGAUAAGCUGGACAGCAUGGUCGCAGAUGGGAAAGGGGACGAUAAUCACAGAGAGCUCUUCAGUCUGUUGACACAGUUGUUUGGUCCAUAUCCAAGUCUCUUGGAGAAGAUUGAGCAAGAGACCUGGAGAGAAACAGGAAUCUCAUAUGUUACGUCGGUCACCAGACUUGUUGAACGUCUCCUAGAUUACAGGGACUGUCUGAAAGGAGAUGAGAUGGAAAACAAGAAAAUAGGAGGUUCAGUCAAUUUAAUGAACUUCUACAAAUCAGAGGUGAACAAGGAGGACAUGUACAUUCGUUACAUCCACAAACUGUGCGACCUCCAUCUCCAAGCAGAAGACUUCACAGAGGCAGCCUUCACUCUGCUGCUGUACUGGGAGCUGCUUCAGUGGGAAGACCGGCCGCUCAGAGACUUCCUGCACUAUCCGUGUCAGAGCGAGUGGCAGCGCAAAGAAAACCUCAGCCGAAAAAUACUCCACUACUUCAACAAGGGAAAGUGUUGGGAAUACGGGAUUUCUCUCUGCCGGGAGCUGGCUUUCCAAUAUGAGAACUUGUAUGAUUAUCAGAGCCUCAGCUGGAUACGAAAAAUGGAGGCAGCAUAUUACGACAACAUCAUUGAGCAGCAGAGAAUCGAGCCGGAGUUUUUCCGAAUGGGAUUCUACGGCCGCAAGUUUCCCUUCUUCCUGAGGAACAAGGAGUUUGUCUGUCGUGGUUAUGACUAUGAGCGGCUUGAGGACUUCCAGCAAAGGAUGCUGGGAGAGUUUCCACAGGCCAUCGCCAUGCAGCACCCGAACCAGCCGGACGACACCAUCCUGCAAAGCGACGCGCAGUACUUGCAGAUCUACGCAGUGACACCAGUGUCCGACAUCUCAGAUGUUCCUCAGCUGGAGCGCGUCCCGGAGAGGAUCAAAAGCUUCUACAGAAUAAACAAUGUGUCGCGUUUUCACUAUGACAGGCCGUUCCAUAAGGGCCCCAAAGACCGAGAGAACGAGUUUAGGAGUCUCUGGAUUGAAAGAACAACCCUGAUCCUGUCUCGCCCUCUGCCUGGAAUCUCUCGCUGGGCCGAGGUGGACAGAAGAGAAGUGGUGGAGGUGAGCCCGCUGGAGAAUGCCAUUUACGUAGUAGAGAAUAAAACCCAGGAGCUUCGGACUCUCAUCAGCCAGUACCAGCACAGGCAGCAUCACGGCAACAUUAACCCGCUCAGCAUGCUCCUAAACGGGGUCAUCGACGCCGCGGUCAAUGGAGGCAUCGCCAGAUACCAAGAGGCGUUUUUUGAUAAGGACUACAUCAGCUGUCAUCCCGAAGACACAGAGAGAGUCACGCAGCUGAAGGACCUCAUGCAGGAACAGGUCCACAUACUCGGAGUUGGCUUGGCGGUCCACGAAAAGCUUGUGCAUCCAGAAAUGCGACCACUGCACAAGAAACUAGUGGACCAGUUCCACAUGAUGCGGACCAGUUUACACCACGGCGUGCCGGGGGUGGAGCGGUUCGGAGCGGCCGGCUGCACUGGGGUCAACUCCCCCAGAGGAGUCCUGUCCACCCACAGUCACAUGAGUCCAGAGAGCAUCCGACUCAUGCACAGACACAGCCCCUUGAACCUGCAGGGCUCGAUCCGCCACUCCUCGUCCUCUCUGUCGUCACACACGUCCAGUGAAGCCGGAAACCUGGUCAUCAUGACGGACGGCCUCAUGGGCGAGCACCCGGAGGAGGCCAUGCACAUGCAGCCGAGCCCGUCCUCCUCCAGCCUGAGUUCAAUUCGCUCCAACUCGUCUCAGAUUAUUAACUCUGCUCCUUCCAGUGCCAGAGGAUCCCCGUCUCUGCCGGACAAAGCCAAACACAACAAAGAAGUGAUGAUGCUGCUACCGUCCCACCGUGAGAGGGCGAACAACAUGUACUACAACAUGGCCGAGAACGGACAGAACAACCACAUGCAGCGUGCCUUAAUUCAGCAGGUCAGCCCCUGUAAGCCCUGUGUGGACCCUCACAUGAACCUACAGGAGAAAGUCUUUACAAACACGCAAAACAGCUGGAGUUUGGAUGGAGACAACAGAGAGUCCUACAUGCCGCCCUCGACUGGAGGCUCCAUCAUGGCCCCAGCUCCGCCCAGAUCCUUUCCACAAGGACACUUCCUGAUGCACUGUGAUGCGUUCCACCACCAGAGCAGCGAGCCUCCGCCUGCUCUCCCUGUGCGCUCGCUCAGAAAGUCUCCGCUGCACCCGAUCCCUGGUUCUCCCACCAGUCCUCAGUCGGCACUAGGGGGCAGUAACUCCACUCUGUCAGGCAGUGCGAGCAGCGGCGUGUCCUCCCUGAGCGAGAGUAACUUCGGGGGCCAGUAUCCGGAGCCGGGGCCCAUCAGAAACGACGCCCUGGAGCCCCUCCCCAGUCACCUGUGGUCCCCCCCAGACGAGUACAUGUCGUCCCCGUACCUCCACAUUCACUACAGCGGCUCUGAGCUGGAGGCCGUGGACCCGGUGCGACCGUUCCACUACCGCAGCCCCACGUCGCACCCACACGCUCACCCACACCCCCACCCUCACCCACACCCUCACCCACACCCUCACUCCCACCCUCACCCCCACACUCACCCCCACACUCACCCGCACAUGGGCCUGGACACGGGCCACUCACACGGGCCGCCGCCCUCGCACCACCACCCCGCCCCCCACGGGCCACACCACAUCCCGUACCGCCGUCCCCAGCCUCCUCCUGCCGUCCCGCCCAAACCGUACCUGAGAGAGGGCUGCAUCCCAGAGGAGGAGCUGGCCCCUCAGCCCAUCCCGCUGCCCAGGAGGAUCUUCCACUCGCCCCACAGUCACAGGGACGACGGGGUCAAGCACGCCUGGGAGACCUGCAUCAGCGAGGAGCACGAGGAGGCGCAGUGA